UCUGAUUGGCUGACAGGCGCGGCUCCCAGUGAAUACUUUCUAAUCUGGAGAAAAGUAUAAUUACAUUGGAUAACUUUUUGGGGAUCUCGAGCUCUCCUGACUCGCGGACUCUUCCAGCAGCAGUAGCUCUAGCUCAUUGUGUGACCGAGCACAGCUCGAGAGGAUGACGGCUCCAGGCUGGUGUCUGGUGAGUGUGCUUGUGUUGUGUCUGUCUGGAUGCUGGAGCAUAACAGACGCGGCUUCAGUACCAAACUGCACAGAGGAGGGUCACUGUCCGGCGAAGCUGACGGUCGUGCCGUCCAGUCGAGGAUGUGUUUCUGAUAAAGACUGCUCUGGAGGACACAAAUGCUGUGUUUUUGACUGCGGGGCUGUGUGUGUGCCGCCUGCUUUCACAAAGCCGGGAGUGUGUCCACGCAGGAAAUUUGGAGCAGGGAUGUGUGCUGAGUUCUGUGUCAAUGACAGUGACUGUCCAAACAGUGAGAAAUGCUGCAGCAAUGGAUGUGGACAUGAAUGCACGGCUCCAUAUACAGUGAAGCCGGGUCGAUGUGCUCUCCCGAAGGGGACUCCAAUGUGUGCAGAAUACUGUUAUCAUGAUGGCCAGUGUCCUGCUGAACAGAAGUGUUGCCCAACCACCUGCGGUCAUGCAUGCAGUGAACCGUGCUGAUUUAACCUUAGAAAGAAAGAGUCAAUGGAAGAUUGAUUUUGCAUAAUCAUGCAUACUUGAGUUUUUUGUACCGUUUAAUGCUUUAUUCAUAGGAGUUGUUUCCCCCGUUUAUAACCAGCUAAUAAACCUCAGUAAACCUUC